CAACCCUUUAGCCGCGAUUUAUUUACGCUGCGGUAUCUGCUGCGUACGUAGAAAACUGGUUGCGCGGUUGCGAUACGGCCGCUCCGAUUUGAUAAAUCUCCCCCCGGGGUGAAUAUUUAAAGUCCGACGAUGCGCGCAUUUUUCGCACAUUUUCUUACCACGUAUCGAGCACGAUGAAGUUGGUCAGGUCGCAAUUCGUAUUGUUUGCCGUCGCCGUUUUUUCCUGCGCUCAUUGUUCCGCCAAUUCGGUCGACGCGUCACUCGAAGCCGGAGAAAAUGUAAAUUAUCCGGUCUAUCAGGAAUUUGACGAGUUUCUUUCCGGCGGCGAGUGUGAAAAACACGAGAAGUACAGCGAGUGCGCCGGUAUUCCGACUUGUCAGAAAACUUGCGGCAAUAUGGGGCAGUGGAAAACGAUGGCCUGCGCAAGGGCGAAGGUCUGCGUUCGCGGUUGCGUCUGUGAGAAGGGAUACGUGCGGGAUGAUUACAAUGGCAUUUGCGUCAGGGAGAACGCUUGCCCCAAAGUGAAACACUAGCUUUGCGAACCAAGACGCAUAAGAUUCCGGAUUCAACAAUAAGUUGAACGUCGGAAAAAAACAAGAAGGCAGAAAAUAACGAAUGGAAUUUAUUUUCGUCGAAUUUCACGUUAAUUAGAGCAUUCUCUUAAUAAAACCGCGGCGAUUAAUUGAACAUAAUUAAUUGAUUCAACGCAAACGAAUCUUGUGUCAGUGUCUCGAAAUAAAAACGAUUACUUAAAAGAAACGCCGCGAUAUAAUUUAAAUUGGAUAAAUUAUGCAUUCCGCAAACGUGUUUGCACACACAUCGACAACGGAGUGCACCUGCGCAUACGUGUAU